GAAGUAACAAGGAUAGGCGUCGCUGGUCAUCAUUGUUAAUUACAGCCACACGCGGAUUCUCUUGCGAAACUUUGUCGGCAAUCGAAAUUUCGAUCGUCGUACUGUUAUAAUAUCGUGUAAAAGUGAAAAAGAUUAUUAAAAAAUGUCGACAGUAGCCAGUCCUUUGGCUGUUGGUGGUGUACGACAGUCUGGUGCUCCAGUACGAACACAGAAUGUCAUGGCUGCUUGUGCAAUUGCUAAUAUAGUAAAGAGUUCUUUGGGCCCUGUUGGUUUGGAUAAAAUGCUCGUAGAUGACAUUGGUGAUGUUACUGUUACUAAUGAUGGUGCAACGAUUUUGCGUUUGCUUGAAGUGGAACAUCCAGCUGCAAGAGUAUUAGUAGAGUUAGCUCAAUUACAAGAUGAAGAAGUUGGGGAUGGUACUACAUCAGUUGUAAUAGUUGCUGCUGAGUUACUAAAAAAUGCUGAUGAGCUUGUUAAACAGAAGAUUCAUCCAACAUCUGUAAUUAGUGGUUACAGACUUGCUUGCAAAGAAGCCUGCAAAUAUAUUCAAAAGCAUCUAACAGUCAGUGUUGAUGAACUUGGAAGAGAUUGUUUAGUUAAUGUAGCAAAAACAUCUAUGUCCAGUAAAAUUAUUGCAGCUGAUGCCGAUUUCUUUGGAAAUAUGGUUGUUGAUGCCGCUAAUGCGAUAAAGGUAAAUGACGGAAAAGGAGGCUUUCUUUAUCCUGUGAAAGCUGUAAAUGUUUUGAAAGCUCAUGGAAAAAGUGUCAGAGAGUCUGUAAUAGUACAAGGCUAUGCAUUGAAUUGUACUGUAGCUUCUCAAGCAAUGCCUAAAAGAAUAGUAAACGCAAAAAUCGCGUGUCUAGAUUUUUCUCUACAAAAGACCAAGAUGAAAUUAGGUGUUGAAGUCUUGAUUACUGAUCCUGAAAAAUUGGAAGCAGUACGUCAACGGGAAAUAGACAUUACGAAAGAACGUAUUCAAAAAAUUCUUGCCGCGGGUACAAACGUUAUUCUUGUGUCUGGUGGAAUUGAUGAUCUCUGUUUAAAGUAUUUCAUAGAAUCUAAGGCAAUGGCGGUUCGUAGAUGUAAGAAAGCAGAUUUGAAAAGGAUUGCAAAAGCUACUGGUGCACAGUUCGUUACUUCUUUAACUAACAUGGAAGGAGAAGAAAGUUUUGAGUCUAGUUUUCUUGGAGAAGCUGCUGAAGUAGUACAAGAAAUGAUAUGCGACGAUGAACUUAUUCUUAUUAAAGGACCAAAAGCAAGGACAGCAAGUUCUCUUAUAUUACGUGGACCAAAUGAUUAUUACUGUGAUGAAAUGGAACGAUCCGUACACGACGCAUUGUGCGCAGUUAAACGAGUUUUGGAAAGUAAAAACGUAGUUGCAGGAGGAGGUUGUGUUGAGGCGGCACUAUCGAUUUACUUAGAAAACUUUGCUACAUCUUUGAGCUCUCGAGAACAAUUAGCUAUCGCUGAAUUUGCUAGAUCAUUACUAGUUAUACCGAAAACAUUAGCAGUAAAUGCGGCGCAGGAUGCUACUGAUCUCGUUGCUAAAUUGCGAGCUUACCACAAUUCCAGUCAAACGAAAGCAGAUCUUGUAGAUUUGAAAUGGGUUGGUUUAGAUUUACUUGAAGGUACUAUUAAAGAUAACAGAAAGGUUGGUGUACUGGAACCAGCCAUAUCAAAAAUAAAAUCUUUAAAAUUCGCAACGGAAGCAGCAAUAACUAUUCUUAGAAUUGAUGAUAUGAUUAAAUUGGACCCAGAUCGUUCAAAAGAUAAAUCGUAUCGCGACGCAAUGGAUGCCGGAGAACUGGAGGAGUAAAAUUAAAAUGCAUUUAUUCCCCUUUUUUACAUGAUUCGUUAUGUAAUAAAAAUUAAGUUAUUUUUUACUACAAAUAUCGUUUCAUAAUUUAAUGA